AUGACCAGGAUCUGGAGUCACCGUUCGAGGGGGCUGGGACCCGCUGGAAGUGAUAUAAAUCUCCAGAGGCCAGCCAAGGUCGCGUACAGAAAUAGAAGCCCCUAUAUAACCGGGGGGGACAUUUCUGCUAAGGCACUCUGGAAUGUAAACAGGCGGACUCGACUUGGCUGCCUCUUCGAUAUAUACAUUAGGGCUCUCCAGAGGUCAUUCCAAUGCGGAUGUGGA